GAGACCCACAUACGGCACCGUUGGUCUUCUUGGUUCGAGUUCGAGUGAGUUGUCAAACUAGUAAGCCAUGUCUGGACGCGGCAAGGGCGGAAAGGCGAAGACGAAGGGCAAGUCCCGUUCCUCGCGGGCCGGUCUCCAGUUCCCCGUGGGCCGUAUUCAUCGGCUUCUAAGGAAGGGGAACUACAGCGAGCGCGUUGGUGCCGGCGCGCCAGUCUACCUCGCAGCCGUCCUGGAGUACCUUGCAGCCGAGGUGCUCGAAUUGGCGGGAAACGCAGCGCGUGACAACAAGAAGACCCGCAUCAUCCCGCGUCACCUUCAGCUUGCCAUCCGCAACGAUGAGGAGCUCAACAAACUCCUCUCCGGCGUGACCAUCUCCCAAGGCGGCGUCCUGCCGAACAUCCAGGCCGUGCUCCUUCCCAAGAAGACUGGACAAACGAGCACCGGCGGCAAGCCCGGCAAGAAAGGCUCCAGCCAGGAGUUCUGAGGACAUUUUUAUUUAGUCAUCCCUCAUGUGAAGCCGUCUCUUAGCCGGCCGCUCUGAGCGGCGUCGCGAAUGCCCCCAAUCUUUAAUGCAGUCUGUGCAGUCUGUGUUUGCUUUGUCGCUAGGCCUAAGGCCGGAUUUUUUUUUUUUCCUGGCGGCACUCAUUCAUGCAUCCAUUUUUUUUUUUGUCCCUUGUGCUGUGUGACACCUUCCCAUUGUCAUCUUGGGCCGUCUUCGUGAAUUCCCUGUAAAAUCCUCUCAAAUUGUGGUCACCGAACAAAUAAAAGCACUUUGAACUGCUUA